UCAAUUGUGUUGUCCAGUUUCAUUUCACAGUCGUCAAAUUACAAUGUUGACAAAGAGUUUAAUAUGUAUAUUAGUGGGCGCGGCCAUUUUGAAUUUAUGUAACGGCCAGUGUUACGUUGUGCCGGAAGAUUUGAACACAAAAUGGCGGCCCGCAGACGUCGUGGAACAAGUUGCUCACGACUUUUACCAGAGUUUAGCCCUUGGUCCGGAAGACAAUGGUGAUAUUGAGAAGCGCUUUGUGUCAGUGUAUUCCCAUACCUUGUUCCUAUACAUCGCCAGCAACAAGACAGAUGAGACGGAUCGCAUCAAAGACGCCGCACACCGCACCAGGAACAAACUGGAUAGUAGCGCGGACCAGCUAGCUGGACCUAUCCGAGCGCUGAUAUCUUUAGCGAUGCUUAUUAUCGAAGGGCCUCUAACCGACGUUCAAGUAGCCUGUCCAUACUACGUAAGACAGCAUGAAUGCAAAGAAAUUUUAUCAAAACUCCAAGCUGACAAAAUAAAGCAAUGUGCAGGUUAUAAAGAUAACAUAGAGCUGUACAAUAGAGCAACCAGUUUAAUUAAUAGUUGCGGUAUGGAGAAUCUUCUAGAAGAAUUGGCAACAGAGAGCAACAAAGGAGGUGAUAUGGAGGCUAUUAAUCUGUUUACUGACUUCGCUUCAAUCAAAUAUGCUAGUACUAUCAGAUCUUUUAGGAAUAUUAUGCAAAGUGUGAAAAAUAUUCAUACAUCUUGUCAUGUAUUUUCAUUUAUAUAAAUAUAUAUGUAUUUAAUUCGGUACCAAAAAGUUAAAAUAGGCAAAGUUAUAAAGCCUUUCUGUUUA